AUUAUAAAUAUUCAUAUAUUGAACACGUUUCAAAAUUGGUCACGUUUAAAUGGAUCAACGAUUUGGAUUAUAAAUACAUGUGUGACACAUCUAUCCAACAUAAUAAUCCAGGGACUGAUAAAAAAUAAAGAAAUAUACGAUUUGUCUACGCAAUGGCUCUAUCAAAGAGAAUUACAAGAGAUUUACUUCAGUGCAAUAACUACAGGGUUCUGAUACGGAAUUGUAUAUGUGAGCAUGCAGCCGCCAUGAUGAAUGAACACCACUGUGAAACAAUCCCCCAAGCAGACGACAUUAAGCCUUUCAGCGAGAUUCCUGGUCCAAAAGGAAUAUACAACAUACCAUUUCUAGGAAUUGCCUUACAAUUUAAACCUUUUACUAAUUACACUCCAAGUGACAUGCCUGAGCUUUUGUGUAACUUACGGGACAAAUACGGUGAUAUAGUCAAACUGAAAACCGGAAUGUCGUCUAUGGUUUAUGUAUUCCAUCCAGAUCAUGCUAAAGUUGUUUUCCAAGCUCAAUAUAAAGAACAUGCUAAAACGCAGAUGAAAUUACCGGAAACAUUUUUCAAAAGAAACAACAUCCCAAAAGGAGUAGUUCUACUGCAGGGAGAGGAGUGGAUGAAGAUGCGCAGGUCAACACAAGAAAAGAUUUUACGACCGGCAAUUGUAGCGAAUUAUGUCCCUUUAAUAGAAACUGUAGCAGAUGAUUUUGUAGAUCAGCUACGAAAAACACAAGUAAUAAAUGAUCUCCAUAAAGAACUUACAAACUACACAAGCGAAAGUAUUGGUAUGUUGUGUUUCAACACACGCCUAGGCUACCUCGAUGGUACAAGUGACUUCGAUUUCUACACAAAUCUCCAGGAAAUGCUUACUAGUUUCCAUCAAGCUUUUUUCCUGCCUAUAAAGUCAUACAAGUACUUCAACACAGGAAUCUAUAAACGUUUUGAAUCGUCCACCCUUAAGAUUUACAGAUUAGCAGAGCGAGAAAUAAAAUCACAGAAACAAAAGCUAAUGAAACUAGAACGAGAAGGAAAAUUAGAAGAAUAUCUAGAGAAAGAACCAAAUUUUCUUCAUUCGUUGUUGUCUGACCCUAGAGUUACAGAUGAACAAGUCAGCGUGAUCAUAUUAGAUUUAAUAGGAGCAGGAAUUGAUUCCACUGCGAACACUAUUGCAUUUUUACUGUGUGAUUUAGCCCAGAAUCCAGAUAAACAACACAAACUUUAUGAAGAAAUAAAAAGUGUCCUUGGGAAUAGUAAAAAGGUCAAAAAGAGCCAUCUUGCCAACCUAAGUUACUUAAAGGCGUGUGUUAAAGAAACUCAAAGAAAAAGGUUUCCAGUUUUCAUUGGAGCUCAGAGAAUAUUAGAACAUGAUCUCGUACUUGGUGGAUAUCGUAUUCCAAAACAGACGGCUGUGGCCAUAAACAACGAUGCCAUGUCAGUAGAUGAACGAUUUUAUCCAAGACCUAAAGAGUUUAUUCCUGAGAGAUGGCUAAGAAAUUCAGACGAGGAUGUAACUAUGGGACGACAUCAUCCAUUUGGAAUGAAGCCGUUCGGUUUUGGUCAACGUAGUUGUCUAGGACAAAGAUUUGCGGAAAAUGAAAUAUACAUCUGUAUACUCAAGCUCAUCCAGAACUUUGAGGUAUCACUACCAGAGAAUGUAACGGACAUACCUACAGUAAAACGAACAUUUAUAACACCGGAUGCUGAAAUCAAACUAUUCUUAAAGGAAAGACCACAGCCGGAUGUUUGAAAGUAAUAAUUCCAAUAGUAGUUUCUAAGUGUAACCUAGGAUAUACAUCAUUUGUACUUUUUGAAUAUCAAACAUUGGGUAGAAAGCAAUUUUCGUAUUUUACUUUUUUUCUCUUCUAAUUUAUAUGUUAUAAAUGAAGAGAAGAACUGACACAAUAACUCAAAAGGCAUGCCUUUUUAAAAUUUUUGCCAGGACAUUUAUAAAAAAACCAUUGUCAUAAUAAAGAAAAAAGAUCAUACAUGUACGCUUUACUCUUUUCGAACGUUUUUUUCUAAACGUAUAUUUUAGAUAAUUGUAUGAUUAAUUCACCUGUCUAAUAUAAUGCACACACAGUAAAACUUGUAUAUGAAGGUCACCCUUGGGACCAGAGAAAAAUGAUCUUGUAAGAGAGGUGACAUUUAAAUUGACUAGAAGAGGGUGACAUGAACAGGACAGAAUUUACCUUGAUAAAGGUGACCCCCAUAGCAGGUUUGACUGUAGUACCCAAAAGCGCGAAGAACUAAGGAACAACUAGAAAUUAAGAGACACAUCGAUAAUUACAAAAUGUAUUUAUAUUAGCAGGGAGAAUAGUAAUGUAUUUUCUUGCAAAAUAGGAACGUCUUUUUAUAAAUUUAAGUUUGCAUUUCUAUAGUCAAUUGAACAUUAAAAACUUUUAUAGAAGUCGCAGGCGACACUAUAUUUAUUUACAUGUUAACAUAAAAAGCAAAUGUAUUCUUAUGUUGUAUAGUUUUAAAUGUUUUACAAUGUUCUUGUUUUAUUUUUUUUAUACUUUGUUAAAUGUAUAAUAAAUAUUAAAAAAUACAAUCGUAACAUUCGUUAUAUAAAGUUGUGUGUGUAUGUGUUUGUAUGCUGGUUUAUGUGUAUAUUUGUGCAUUUAUUUGUUUGAGUGUAUGUGUAUAGUGUUUUUAUGUCUGUAACGAUUCUUGUGUGUGUGUGUGAGAGAGAAAGAGAGAGAGAGAGAGAGUAACUAUGCUUGUGUGUAUAUGGAGAGAGAGAGAGAGAGAGACAGAGAGAUUUUUUUUUGAUUUCGUAGAGAUAGCAGAUUAUUGUAACGUGAUGUUUUAAUUUCAGUAUUAAGAGUACAAUUGGGGAGUGAAUAUAUGUUUCUGAAAUUAAAGAAAAUAGGCAAAGAUUUGAUCAUUUCCCAGUUGAUCACUAUUAAUGAACGGGCAUUUUAUUUGACUUAUUAUUAUUUUUAAGUUAUUAAUCUAUACUAGUAUGUAUAAGAUUUUUAAACCUAACAAGAUAAAUGCACGAGGUGCUAUAAUGAUUGACUGUUUCAUGUUGUAUUUCAAUAAAUAAUGUGGAAAAAUCUA